CGUAUAAGUAUGUACUCUCGUAUUAAUGCAAAUUGCAAAACAACUCGUUUUCUUGUUUAGGCUGGUGUCAAAACGACACUGUUUUGUACUUGUAGAUAUUAAGCUUCAAUUUUUUAUUAUACUAUUUUUUUUUUAUCCUUUCAUUGCUUUAAUCAUUCAUUUCACUCUCUCUCCUCUCUUUCUCUCUCUUCAACUGUGCUCGUUAAGUUACAGUUAAACUCUCAGUUCACCGGAAAAAUGUCGAAUUUCGCUAUCGUCUCUUCUCCGAUAGCACCAUUGUCGACGUUCCACCGGAGUUCUCACUUUCCCGGAGAAUCUCCGUCUUCAUCUUCUUCUUCUUCCUCUUUCUUCUCUGACCUCCACCUUCCUUUUCCCAGGUUUGAUCAUCAAAGAAGCAACUGUAAAAAGGUUAGAAUUUGCACAGUUUUGUGUGCUGCUGUCAAGGUCAAAGAGUAUUCUUCGUUAGCAUCGGAUGCUUUCAUGAAGGAGCCACAUAAAUAUUUUGAUCAUGUAAUCAUUAGUGUUCGUGCUGGUGAUGGGGGGCAUGGGGCAAUCUUUAAAAUGCCAAACCAAAAGGCUUCUUCCAAAGUUGAGAAUAAAUAUGACAAGGUGGAAAAAAGAAAAAAGAUUUCAUACAAAAGGGAUAGUGAUGGAUCUCUUAUACUUCCCCUUGGUGGACACGGUGGUGAUGUUGUGAUUUAUGCUGAUGAGAGUAAAGAUACAUUGUUGGAAUUCCACAAGCAAAACCGUUAUAAAGCAAAGCGUGGUGGAAAUGUUGAUGCUAUGGGUGUUUUGAACUCCAAACAACGAGAUGGAUCUGCUGCUCCGACAUUGCGAAUACCUGUCCCGUUAGGUACUGUUGUAAAACGGAAGCGAGGUAAACUUUUAGCAGAUCUUGCCAAUCAUGGUGACGAGGUUCUUGUGGCAAGGGGUGGACAAGGAGGGAUAAGCCUACUAGAAAUGCCAGAGCAAAAGAAAAGUAUGAUGGCCGCUUUGACAACAAACAUAUUGAGAGAUGACAGUGAUAAGGUUCUAGUCCUUGGUCAAGCUGGGGAGGAAGUCAGUUUGGAAUUGAUACUCAGAGUAGUUGCUGAUGUUGGUCUUGUGGGACUCCCAAAUGCUGGAAAAUCUACCCUUUUAUCAGCUACUACACUUGCGAAACCGGAUAUAGCUGAUUAUCCCUUUACGACUCUGAUGCCAAAUCUUGGUCGCCUUGAUGGUGACCCUUCUUUAGGGGCAGCUAUGUAUUCCUCUGAAGCAACAUUGGCAGAUUUGCCAGGUCUUAUUGAAGGUGCUCAUUUGGGCAAGGGUUUGGGUCGUAAUUUCCUUAGGCAUUUGAGAAGGACUCGGUUGCUGGUUCAUGUUGUUGAUGCUGCUGCAGAGGACCCUGUGAAAGACUACAGAACAGUCAAAGAAGAAUUGCGGAUGUAUAAUCCUGAUUACCUUGAACGACCAUUUAUUGUGGUAUUAAAUAAAAUCGACCUUCCUCAGGCAAAGGAUAGACUCCCAACCCUGACUGAAGAAAUUCUUAAAAUUGGUCAGGACUGUGGAUCCACUCCCCUGGUGUUAGGUGCAAGCUCUGAAGAUACAGCUCAUACUAAAGCCGACGAUACAAUUCCAUCAGCUUCUGAGAUUAACAAGAGAGAUAAAGAGAUUGAGGACUAUCCACGACCCCUUGCUGUUGUAGGAGUCAGUGUUUUGAAGGGCAUCAAUGUGAAAGUGAUGUUAGAAGAAAUAAGGAAAGCGUUGCGGAAAUGUCGAGAUACUCAAGAAUUCCCUCUUGAGUUUCAGCGUUAAGGAUUUUCCUUGCAUAUCACAGGUUUUAAAGAGAUGACAUUACGGCAAAAGGUCAGGUCAUUUAUGCAGAUGACCAACAACAUCAAGGCUUAUAAUAGAGUUGAAAAUUCAUGCUGAUUCUUAUGACCUUUGCAACACAUAAUUGGGUUUCUUAAAUGUUCAAACUAAGUUUUCGGACCUCUGCGCUACAGCUCUAUCGGUAUGGAAGACUUCUGUUUCUAAAAUCAUCCACACGCACACAUCACUAGUGCCUAGAUUAGUAUGAAUAGUUUCUCAUUUUUUCUCUUGUGUUUCCCAUUAGCAUCAUAGUAUAGUGAACAUGGAUGAAACAUGGUUAUUAUGUGGGUAUAAAUAUACAGUUUCUUAGUACCUCUUUCUUGAGUUACUCCACUGUCAUUUUCACUGUUAACUGAAACAUUAUUUAAUGGGUACACACUUAUACAAUGUCAAGCCUAAUUCCACUAUCAUUUUCACCCUUUAAUAUUUCAUCCACUAUGACAUCUUAAUUUUUAAAGAAUCUCUUGCAACGUACAUAACUGUCAUUCGCACUGAAAACCAUUAGUUUCCCAGAAUACGAGAAAUAUACUGGUGUAACCUUUGGGUUUGGCCGCGCCUACUUUUAACUCCUCGAACAAUAAACCCUGUAAACUUUGUGUCCCAAAAAAACGAACCCCUUAUGACGAGCAGUGGCGGACCUGGGCUUGUGCCUGGUGGGUCAAGUGACACACCAGGGCCCAAAAAAAAUUCUAAGUUUUCUUUUUUUUUUUUAAAAAAAAAAAUAAAAAAUUCUAACUUCAGCCUGUUCCCCUUUCACCUUCUCCUCGCCGCAGCUGCAACAACAUUUCGCGUUCCCCUUUCAUUCUCCCUCCUCAUUCACUAAUGGUCAUGGUGGUCGUGAGAGAUAACGACUGUGUGGUUUGAUUUCUAGGAUUUUUUUUGGUGUUCAUGGGUUUCGAUUUGUAACUGUUGGUGGUGGUGGAGAGCAGCGAUGGUGAGGUUCGAUUUGUGCAUAUAGAUAUGCAAAGUAGCUAGAAUUUUGAAUGUGUUUGGCUUCAUGUGUGUUUUUCAUUUGCUAAUUGCCUAAUUUAAUUUACGAUUUGGGGAUUUUUGA